AUGGACGGAAUAACCGAUGACGGUCCUAGGAUCAAUACGAGAUACAUCUAUCAAAACUUAGCAAAAGCAGUUCAGGAAUGUAGAAUAAAUAAAGGUCAAGUUCGUAGAGGGGCGGCGGUGGCGGUGGCGCGGUGGUGCGGCGGUGGCUCACGCUCCGCCGCGUGGCGCAAGGCCGCUGAACAUCAAAGCCUUCGAUCACUGCAAAUUAUCCCCUCCGUCGAACAGAGGUUCUGCCCGUUCUCGCACAUUAAUAAUCAGAAA